UAUCGGAGACAACUUUCGUGCCACACUGCGCCCAGGAAACGGUUGUCAAAGUCUUGUUGAUCUCUCGGUAGAAUUAUCGUAGCGAUACGAGCAACAAUCUGGAAGGAUAGUUUUAUCUUGAUUAUAUCCUCGUUCGGGGAACGAGGAAACCUGUGAAAUAGUGUGACGUGUAAUUUAAUUUUUCGCUGCAUUUUCAGCAAAAGUUGCAGAGAGAAAAAUUUGGCAUUUUAUGUGCUCUGCGUUAAAAUAUAAUUAUUCAUUAUAUUCAGUAGACUGUCUAGCUUAUUAUUACUGUUGAACAUUGUUUAUUCAAGGCUCAUAUGGCAAUUGAUCCAGAGCUGCUAAGGUCUUCUUAGCACCUUUGAAUCUGACGUAAUCGUUAUCGAAAAAUCAAUAAGACUUUUACGACAACCCUUUGUCGAAACACAGAUUACUAAAAACAAUUGGCGUCGCCACCGAUGUCUCUAAGAAUUAUCUGGAUUGUCGAACGUUGGGUAGCGUCAAUAAAAGCCUGCGAAGAAUAUUUGCCGUUGCGAACUUCGCGAACUCUUGUUGGCGCUCAUAACGUUGCAAACUACCUCACGAUUUUUGCAAAGACCACUCGCUUAUUCAGGCCGUUGAAAUCAAGUUAAAGCGGCUAAAAGCUUAUUGAUAUUUGCAUUGCUCGUUGCCAGCUAAAACGUGCGCGCGCGCGUUAAGCUUCUACGACCAGUAAUUGUAACUCUGCAAUAAUACGCGAAAUUAAUGGGAAUCGAGUUUUUGCGGUGUUGCGCAUAAUUUCCUUCUGUUCGCCAGCGCGCGCGGUGGCCGUAGAGGAUUAACCUGGCGACCGUUGCGACAGAAUGUUAAAGAAAUUUGUACUUGAAAUAUUCUUCUCUAACAUAGUCAUAGCUUUAGAAUUCUCUGUAUUGACUUUCACAUUAGUAGUGACCUCUUUUUAGGGCCUUGUAUAGAAACCAUACUUUACUCUUUCCACGACGAGUGAAGCGUAGAAGGUUUUUAGCCUCUAUAUACCCACGUCUAAAUCUCAUGUGGCAUGAUAGAGUCGCCAUUAUCCGAACAUUCAACUUGCCGAUGAUUUAUUCUCGACCUGUUCUAUUUCCGCUAUUGUUUCAACUGGAACUACAGUCGCGUAUUCUUAAACCCCGAUCGAACGAUUGCAUUCAGUGUCAUAUAUAUAUAUACACAUGCCAUUAUAAAUUCAUGAAGGAAAGUCGUGUAAUACGUGUAACAAUAGUUGGAGAACGCUGCGGGUAAUUCUGUUCAGCGAGAAGAAGCAAGCUGCAAAUAAUUAUCGCUCUUAGGGAGGGUUCCGUUCCAUUGUCGUCGAACUCGGUUGUUCCAAACGUCUAUCGGUUCGCACAUAAUGGGGGCUCCAUCGUGCUAAUGUUAAGUCACGAGAGACUCGGUCCUUUGAAUCUCUCACGAGUAACUUAGCUUAGUACCUGCGCUAGAACAGCGUGUAUGAGCUCUCGAGACUUGCAUACCGAUCAAAGAGGACACUCCUCGCUCUCUUUUAUCUUCGCUGUGUUAAAGUGCCCUCCCGAAUCGAUAACACUUACUUAUAUCGAUCAUAUAAGCUUUUGUCACUGACGAAAAACGACUUUACCACCGCACCAGUUCGUAAACACCGUUCUCUCGAGGACCUAACUGUGUUGCAAAUGCAUCCAGGUAAUUCCGGCCUAAGUGGCGGUGCCUUUACGCUUACGACAAUUACGCGACGACGAAAGGAGAAGCGACAAAAAGAGAAAGAAAAAAAAAGAAAAGAACGAAAGAAAGAAGAAAAAACGGACAUCUUCCCCGCUUAUCAUUCUAUAUAGACUCUCUAUGUAUCCGAGAAUGCAAUACAAGGCUUUGUGCCGUGCCAUUCAUCAUUUAUACAUAGAUCACACUCUUAAACCUUAUUCUUGUACAUAUAUACUACACACUCUCUCGGUCUCAUAACAGUCGAUAAUCAGAUACACACUAUACCGAAACCGUUGUUAUUACUUACUUGGUUACUUGAACUUUUUUGGCUGCGGCGCUCGCAGGCUUACCACUGAUUGCUCGUUUCAUUCGAAAUCAUGUCUCCCUCUCGAAGUCAGGUACACAAAUAAGCCCGCAAUAGCACUGCUGGAGCCUGCCGCACGGAACAAAGGCAUGGGCAACCGGUUGGCAUCCGGUUCGCGUUACUGCUCGUGUACGGGAAUACGGGCGAUUGGUUUCACGAGAGAAAACGAUUCGCACGCGCGAUGAAAUUCUGCAGGCAUCGAUAAAGGAACCAUCGCGGUAACGAGAAAAUUACAAAGAGGAAAGGCUCGCGGAAUCGGGAUACGUCCUGGACGAGAAUGAGGACAAUAUUCGUACGAGACAACGUUCGUUGACGGAAUCCACGAUCCCACGCGUGCAUUCGUAGCGUCUCAGAAAUCGCUCACUUUUAUGUAACACACACGUUAAUGCAGUGUUAAUCACGAGCACGAUUUCCUCCGACAGUCAGUCGCGCCGACGAGGGUGCCGCAGAGACGUCCAUCGUGAAACGGCGCAGCACUACUUGUUGCUCGACGUGCCAUCGCUGUGACUUAUUUGUGUGCGUGUCUCAUUACUCUUUAUCACUCUCAUGAGAUCAUGCUGAUUUUUGUAAAUUAUUUUGCCGACUGUUCGUUCCGCAUAAAGUGAUGGGCCAUUCAAAUUGUGCAAGCUCGCUUGUGGACGCGGGCGGCUUAUAGGCAGGGGUGAGUAAGCUGGCGGUGCGUCGCAUGGUGAUGUGUGAAACGUCUCUUCACACGUGACGGCUCCGUCUCUUUCUACCUUUUUUUUCUUUUUUUUUCUCUCUCUCUAGAAACUGAAUUGGACGUCACACGGUUACUAAAUGCGAGCGAAUAUAUCAUUAUGACAUGAAUCUUUUGACUGAACCACGACUGUGUUUCCAAACUAGGUAAAGUUUUACAGAGUGAGUGAGAUAACAGAGGAGGCAGGGGCGGGCGUCGUCGGGCCUUAAUAACCCCCUCCCGCCACGUACACGUUACGCCCUCCACCUUUGGUUGUGGACCAACCACUUGACAACAAGCAGUUCAGAGUCAAUUGAUUGGAUUUGGUGGAUAAUCCAACGUACGUACAUAUGUCGUGUACAAAGCAAAGAACAAAUAGAUCUCUGUGAGAAUAAGACGAAAUACUGAAUCAAGAGGAGUGAGUGGGGAGGCAUAGAGGCUACUGUAGUUUCGGAACACAGCCAUGGUCUCCCUACCUCCCAGUCUGCAGAAACAGGUCAGCGUUAUGAGUAUGAACUUGAGUGCCAAGCUGGACGAGCUGCAGCGGGGUGACCGCCAGCUGGAGACCACCGUCGCUCUCUGCGAGAUCCGCACGCAGCUGCAGGAACUCACGAAGAGCGUAGAGUCUUGUCAGAGCGAGGUCAGCGAGGUGAAGCGGGACAUGGUUGCGAUCAAGCACGAGCUAGAUACGGUACAGCAAGUUAAGGAGGAGAUAGAGGAAUUACGAGAGUACGUGGAUCGACUGGAAGAGAGCUCCCAUCGACGGAAACUUAGGCUCCUUGAGCAGUUGCUGCGAUGUAAAUGGCCAUCAUGUUGCGGACUGACGUUUUCCCUGUCGUAUUCAAUACUGGCAGCAGUAUUGGGGAUGUUGCAGUUUGGAUACAACACUGGAGUGAUCAACGCGCCUGAAGUGAAUAUAGAGAAUUUUAUGAAAGAUGUGUACAAGGAUAGGUAUGGGGAGGACAUUUCGGAUGAUUCUGUUAAGAAAUUGUACUCCGUGGCCGUGAGCAUAUUCGCGAUCGGCGGUAUGGUAGGUGGUUUCAGCGGUGGAAUAAUUGCCAACAGAUUUGGCAGAAAGGGAGGCUUACUGCUAAACAACGUGCUGGGCAUCGUGGGGGGGUGUCUAAUGGGUUUCACGAAGCUCGCUGAGUCUUACGAGAUGCUGUUCUUUGGACGGUUCAUCAUCGGUGUCAAUUGUGGCUUGAACACCUCGUUGGUUCCCAUGUACAUAUCGGAAAUAGCGCCAUUGAACCUGAGAGGUGGCCUAGGCACGGUGAACCAGCUCGCUGUUACGGUGGGUCUCCUGCUCUCCCAGGUGCUGGGCAUCGAGCAAAUCCUUGGAACAAACGAGGGUUGGCCUAUUCUCUUAGGACUAGCUGUCAUUCCUGCCAUAAUACAGUUACUACUACUUCCAUUUUGCCCGGAAUCUCCAAGAUAUUUGCUCAUUACUAAACAGUGGGAGGAAGAGUCUCGAAAAUCUUUGAGAAGGUUGAGAGCCAGUAACCAAGUAGAAGAAGACAUUGAGGAGAUGAGAGCGGAAGAACGAGCUCAACAAGCUGAGUCUACGAUCUCAAUGACGGAGCUUAUAUGUAGCCCAACUUUAAGAGCACCUCUCAUUAUUGGUGUGGUUAUGCAACUUUCGCAGCAGCUUUCGGGUAUCAACGCCGUAUUUUAUUAUUCCACGAAUCUGUUCACUAGUUCUGGUUUAACGGACGAGAGUGCCAAGUUUGCAACCAUUGGCAUAGGUGCCAUCAUGGUUCUUAUGACGCUAGUGUCUAUCCCGCUCAUGGAUAGGACAGGGAGGCGUACAUUGCACUUGUAUGGUCUCGGUGGCAUGUUUAUCUUUUCAAUAUUUAUCACAAUUUCGUUUCUUAUAAAGGAGUUUUUCGGCUAUGUGCAGGAAAUGAUUGACUGGAUGUCCUAUCUCUCGGUGGUGUCGACCCUGAGCUUCGUCGUGUUCUUCGCCGUGGGGCCCGGAUCAAUCCCCUGGAUGAUCACGGCGGAGCUGUUCUCGCAAGGCCCCAGACCCGCAGCCAUGUCCAUCGCGGUUCUCGUCAAUUGGAUGGCUAAUUUUUUGGUUGGCAUCGGUUUUCCAAGCAUGAAGACUAGCCUUGAAAACUACACGUUCCUACCGUUCAGUGCAUUUCUAGCCAUCUUCUGGAUCUUCACGUAUAAGAAGGUUCCUGAGACCAAGAAUAAAACAUUCGAAGAGAUUCUAGCUUUAUUCAGGCACGGUAAUGACAGGAGCAGUUUGCGGGACAGCAGACUUUAUGGGAGCAUGCUAAACUGUGUGAAUGCAUUAGAGGGACACAUACCGCCAGCAGAGAGCGCAGCCCUGAUGGUGGCAGAGGAGAAGCCACAUCCUGAUUCAUUUGUGUUUGCAGCUGGAUCCGAGCGCUCUUCCGUCGCUCCCGCUCAGCCGGAGAGACCACCGCCCCCGCUUCCCCCGCCACGCUUUCCGAACAGCGGUGUCUGACAAUGGGGAACAGCUCCUCUUAAUAUCGGUAACCUAGUGAUCAUGAACGCGCUGAUACCGCUGCCGGUGCUGCUCACCACCAGCAGCCUCAGCCUGGAGACGCAGCUCUGCGAGAUCAUCACCGAGAGAGGCAAGGCUUGCGCGAGCUUCCUGCGGAACAGCCUACGCCGCGCGUCCAGCCUCGGCUGGACCGCGAACGAGAGCUUCGAGGCGAUGACGAUGACGAUGACGAUGACGGCGACGACGAGCAACGCGACAAGCGACGCGAUGUGAGACGAGCAGCGAGAGGGAAACCGGGAGAGAGGAGCCGUGUAUACCGGAAAUCCGGAAUGGCAUACUGUCGUCGUCGUCUCGCAGAACGGCGGCGCCGAUCGCGCGAUCGAGCGAGGGUUCUUCUGAUCUUUGGACGAUCGGAUGAUGCACUGAACGAGGGGAAAGAAAGAGUGCCUCUCGUUGGUCGAUCGCGUCUGUUCGUCUGUCUGUCCGUCUGUCUGUCUCUCUGCGGGCUGAAUUAGUUCAACGAAGAGCGUGGGACCGAUCGGGGAGUAAUCGUUAAGAGAAUAUUAACACUAAAAUGAAGUUUGCCUCAACGGGGUAAACGGGACACCGCGAUAUUUUUGCACGACUCGUACUUGCCCUCACUUCGUGAGCAUUUCGUGAUAUCUGUCGAGCAAGCAGUCAUCAUCUCGAAUGACUUCGUAAUGACGUCAGGAUCGUCAGGAUCGUCGUUAAAAAAAAAGAAAGAAGGAAAAGGAAGGAAAGAGGAAGGGAAAUAUUCCAGCGUCGCGUUUAUCCCGCGUCGAGGAUGUCACCCCGAUCGAGCCUGCAUCGCAAUGGCGCUUAGGCGACGACAAAUCGAUUCGGGGUUGUCACGUAGAACGUUUCGAGCAAAUGAGAAUGAAUGCGCAAGGAGGAACCCCUAGAUCAGGGCUCGGCUGUCUAACAGCCCGGCUAAUCUCGGAAGACUUCUCCUCGAGGGUCCGUGGACCAUGGCAGAAGCGAGAUGAUCCUUCCGCUGGGAGUGGAGGGUCCCUUCCGGGAACUUCCUCGAGCGUUCGAGUCGGGAAAAAGACGCGCACGCGUGCGUCUUAAGCGAGGACGAUGAAGCGAGCACGCGAUUGAGAUAGAUUAAACGAAAUGUUGCGAAAGUGAUUUGUGCCUAGACGUGCGCUCGGGAACGUGAAGGGAACGUACGAGGAUUGGGUGAUAAUCAAGCGCGAUCACGCGCAAUCACGAGCGAGGCGCUCGAGGCUCGUGAGGCAUCGAUCGAAGGAUAAUAUCGUAAACGGAAAUCGGCGGCCGGAAACGCGCGCGGAACGGGGCGAUCUCGCGGAGGAAAGGCGUCCGCCCCCGCUCACCGCGUCGCACCCCUUCGUCCACGGACGAAGGCAAACGUGUAUCUAUAAUAUACCUUCACUUUUAUAUCAUUGAUUUUUUCUAGGACUCACGUCGGGACUAUACGUGUCGUUUUUUGUAUCACACUGUCCUCUGUACGAUUCAUCGCACCGUGUUGUGUAUUAUUAGGCCGUGCGCUGUUACUUCCGCGACGACGAUGACGACGAUGAGAUUGACGAGGACGGCGACGACGACGAGCGACGACGGGACAGGUGUAUCGUAUGCACGCGACUGCCAUAACAAAUUCAAAAGAUUACGAGCUGCCCUCGAAACACUGUGAUAUUUUCCUCCCGACAUCUCCGGCGUUCUCGAUCCUGCGAAUUAUCGAGAACGAGUUUGCGCUACUUGUCGGAGAGACGGAAAUGUAUCGAAUUCGUUCACACUUGGUGGAAGGAGUAGUCCUGAUUAAUUUCUGAACGAAUGCAGAUUCCAGUUCGAUUCGAACGUUUAAAAACGAGGGGAUUCGAUUCGUUGAAGUGAUUGGGGAAUUUGCUAUUUAAGGGUGCUUUUAUCCCUGCGAAAAAUUGCCGAAUGUAAAGAAAGCGUCAGGAAUUUAUUCUGCAAAGUUGCGAGCCACUAGUUUCUUGAAUCUGUUCAAUGUUAGGGGCGCGCACUUCUAUUUAAUUUAUUUCAAAUGAAGGAUAAUCACUGCAUAAGCAGAAUACGAAGUGAUAAAAGUGAUAAUCCAAGUACCUUCAAAGUAAUCCAUAAUUUAAAAAAAUAUCAGAAGCUCAAUUUCACAGAAUAAACUCCUGCCGUUCUCUUUUAAUCCGCCCAUUUCUCCAGGUUCGUUUUGAGGGAAGGCUGGCAAUUUUUUUAUCGAAAUUUUCGGAACUGUGAGACACAGGGAGAGGAAUACCUGCCUUUAUAAGUCGCGGUGUGUAACAGUGCGUUAACGAAUGACUAUCGCGAGAUCGUAGCGACUCUCGUAUCAAAGAUCUCAAAUUAGGCAUCGACCAACUGCAUUAAAUUAAUGUCAAAAAGGCAAGUCACACGAAAUUAGCUUAUCUUUCGAUAGCCGCGAUCUCAACGACGUUCACGAUCAUAACGUCGAAUUCAUACGGUGCCUCUCGACCGCAGAGUAUAUUCACGAACCAAUCAACCAUACAUUUUAUCUUGUAAAACGCAGGGUACACCAUUGUACAUUUUACGUUUCGGCCGAGUGAAUAUUUCCUUGAUUAUUCACACUCUGAAUAUUUCUGCAAUAAAUUUCGAAAUAAUAAACGUGAAAAUAUCCAAACGCUAAUAUAUUUCGCGGAAAUCAAACUUGAUAAAAAAUUUAUAUAUUUAUCUCGCAAAAUCGUGAACUUUGUAUCUUCGAAAUUAGUAGAAAAUGUUUGUUUCAACCGAGCGAAUUUGUGAGUUGAACACUAAUUCUCGAUUGGCGAUUACGUAUCGAGUUUUCAGACGAGACCGCAAUUGCCGGUGCGUUUACCGCGAGAGGAAUCAAUGCCUCCUCGGCCGAAUCGCGAAAUCAAUAACAGCAGCCUGUCUGCGCAGAGGCAUGCCUUUUCUUACUCCGUCAUUGAUCUCUCUUCCCCCUGUUAUCGAUCUUUUCAACGGAAGUGCACGCGAUUCGAUAUUUCGGAACUCCGAGGGAGACCUUCGAGAUCCCUCCCUCACGUACUGUACAUAUGUGUGUAUAUACUUGUAUACUUUUACCGUACUUGAGAGACGUCGCUGUGAACGAGCAAGAGUGUAUAAUAAUCCUAUGUAACUGAACAAGAGAAAAUAGCGUACACCGUUUCCCGCUGAAGUAGCAUCAUCGAGUGUGACAAACGGGGACAAGUAUUAUAUCUCUACGAGCCCUGAUGCAGUACCGUUUUAAAUACCUCAAUCGAGAAACCCUUUUUUCGCGAAUAGCACGAACGAGCACGAGCAAUGACGGUGAUUGCAUCCGUGGCUUCUGUGUCGUUUGCCAUUUUACGUUGCAUUCAAGCUCGCUGCAUGCAGGAGUUCGCGCGGACGCGAUCUGAUGGAUUGGUAAAUCGGUAUGGAUCCGCGAGUACUAUGCAAACACGACUUACCCUGCCGCGCACCUCAACUUCCGGUACCGUAUCAUAGAGCCGUUAAUAUACCGAGUAGGACUCGAUAAUAGUGGAAACUCUUCUCGCGUAAGCCUGUAUCUCGAUCGGACCACUCUGUAACAAUCGAGAGAGAAUCGAUUAGGUGAUUAUCUUGUGCAGUUAUCAACUUUUGCUUUUCGAACUCAAAGAUCACUUUAAAUAUUCGAUUUAAUUUUAUUUCGGAAUUAUUCGACGUUUUAGUUUUUCGAGGAAUAAUUUAAUUUCUGCUGGAAAGAACACGUUUCAUCGAAGAAAUUAAAAGAAUUACGGUUUAAUCGCAAAAAGUAAACUAACGUCAACAUUUUGAAAAUAAAACGAUACAGGAAAUAUCAAAAAUACUAUGAGCAGAUCCCUGAUUUCAAAGAUCAGAAUUUUAAUUUUACGAGAUAAAUUUCUAACGAUUUCUUUUAAAUUCCAAACUAUUUCGCGGGGUAAACGCAACUUGAAUCGUUACGCUCUUCGUCGAAACGUCGCGAUGUAAACGCAAUAUAAAAUAUUUAGAAUAGAGAGAGCACACAACUGAAGAAACGAGAACAAAAUAAAAACGAAGAUCUAAACGGAAUCACGUGCAAAACGCGUCGUAUGAUAUCAUUCGAAUGAGUAACCAAGGAAGUCUUUAAUUAUAAGCUGUCCAAAACAUACAGAAUCAGUGAGAAAGGCAAUAAAGCUAUAUUGAAAUGAAAAAAAAUAUGCUAAAGUAGAUCUCCUUGCAUUAUUAUCAGAGAAUCCAGAAUACUAUUAAUUAUCGAUAACUAGGCUAGGCGUAUAUACAUAGAGAAACUAUAUAUAUAUAUAGCUACUAGGUGAUAGUAGCACGGCGUAACAAACUAAUUAAUGUAAUUGGAAACUUCACCGAAACACAUACAACACACGGGCGAAUAAACUCUCUCUUUCUCUCUCUCUUUUUCUUUCUUUCCUUCUUUCUCUUUCUCUCACCUCUGUGCAAUGGCUGUAUGAUAGUUAUAUCGCGGACCGAGUAUUCGCCGUUACGCCUCCGUUUCGAAACUACUACAAGCUUGCAACAAACGCCAGUAACUACCGAGGAACAAUUAUUUUAACUGAGACUAGCCACGUCGAGUCCGGGAACUCUCCAAGAUCCUCGCGUACCCGUACGUGAAUCUUGCGUUACGCUACUAAAAAACAUUAGGCUGCGGCAAAACUACGAGCGCAAUUCGGUAUGUUAUUAUGGUAGCUGUAAAUCUGCUCCGACUCACAUCGUGUGUGUGUUUUGUGUGUGUGUAUGCGAUACCUCCUUCCGAUUCGAUCAACCAUUUCAACGAGAAAAGGCAUGCUGCGAUAUGUGUUCACGAAAAAAAAAAACAGAUCAUUGGCACCGAACGGUAUCAUUCACACGCGCGGCGAUUUCUACCCACGAGACGCAGUAUGUAUGCAGUAUGUUUAUUAAAUCAACGCGAGAUCUGUAAGUGAGAGUUACGGGAGAGACGUUUCCGCCUGCGACACUGCGGAUCGCAUUGCGCCUCUCCGUUCUUCCGGAGAGCGCGCCGGCGGAGGGCCUCUCCCGGUCCUUACACGCGAGAAGAAUUCACUUAUCUGUAAUUGACCCACGUAUAUAUUAUAACGAAUAAUUCGUUUCUAAAAGGAAAAUUGUAAUAACGUAUACAUAUAUACAUAUACUAUAAAAUGGCUACUCUAAACGCGAAGACCUAAUAAUGUAUUUCGCACUCACCACGACUUUGAUAAGAAGAUAAGCAAUGAUCGCAUCAAUGAUUUCGAGUCAAUGACACAAUAUUAAGCUCAUUGAGUAUCACAACGUUCAUAGAGCCUUAAAGCAAAAGAAAAGGAAAAAAAAGAAGAAAAGAAAAGAAAAAAAACGAGAAAUUUCGAGCAGUCCAGCAAAGUAAGUGAUUACAAUAACGAUUUGUAAAAUAAGUUCACUGCCACUCAAACGACUUGCGCCCCUUAGGUGAGCGCCAAUAUUCCAAGAUGUGAAUGUGUACAGUUAUGUGAAAAGUACUUAUAAUAUAUAACGUAACUAUAUUUACAUAUGAUACACUAAUUAGCAUUAUGUAAAACUAAAUAGCAUGUAAUGACACUAAGAAUGGUAUACAUACGUAGGAUUACAUAGAUAACGAGAAAAAAA